GUCUUGAUGCGGCUUCGUUGGUUCGGCGGUGAUAAGUUUUUCCGUAAGCUUUCUCUCUCGUCGCCGUCUUCGUCGGUUGGUGAUGGUGGUAUCUUCCGUAACCGUAGCCGUCGUUGUCAACAUCGACAGCAGUUAGAGUUGCAGUGUCAUCAUCAUCUCCGGGGGCGCGAUCGUGAUUGUGGUUGUGAUUACGGCCAUGGCAGCUUUCCGGCAUUCACAUCAGAGCUGUCAUGCCGUUGCAGGUGGGGAACUCCUCGGUCUAUCAUAAAACUAGAAUCUUCGUCGUUGAUAUCACUAUCAUCGACAGAUUCUGCCACAAGGAUCGGCGUGAUGGAAUGUUGUGCAAUCAAAGAGUAUGUCUUUGACACUCCUUGUGCAUUAAGGUCGGGAAACUUAGGGUCAUUCCUUUGGGUCGUAUUUAUGACUAGAAGGGCUCGCUGUGGUCUAGUAUCCAUUGCAUCAACUGUCGCGUCUUCGCUUGGACGGUCAACCGGCUUCGGCGAUGGAAGCGGAGUGUUCCAGAACAAAACCGUUCAAAUACAAACAUUAUUGGUUGCUGAACAUUUACUUGUAACUGUUGCGUAG